AUGCGAAGAACAGUAGAUCUGUAUCCUGCCGAUAUCAUUUUAACACCAUCAGGGCGCCUCUUGACCGAUCUCGAGUACGCUGACGAUGUUGUUAUAUUCGCGGAAAGCACUACGAAACUUCAACAUGUUGUCAACCUUGUAUCGGAGGUGGCUUCAACUGUGGACUACGUCUGCGCCCUGAUAGAUGCCAGCAGAUGUGGAUCUCUUCGAGACCUCGAACGGGUAUCAGAGUGGACGGACAACCGAUAG